AUGGGGACACCAGCCAUGCCAGUUCUUAUUCCUAAGGGCAUUUUUAUAAACCAGGCUGAUACGUUUAUAUCGUCGCAUAUUGCCAAGGCUCUAUCAAAUGCUGUAUUUGGGGUUAAAAAGUCGAAAGGAAAGGAAGAAGAGGAGGAGGAAAUGGAUGAGGAUGGUGGAAAAUCCAAAGCUCCCGAGGGUUUUGCUAAUAAUCUGUUCUGUACGACCACCAACGGGAAAAACAAAACAAACUUUCCGGCUACACUCUUAGAGCAGGAUGAAAAUUGGGUUCAAUUGUACAGUAAAAUCAAAGAAUGCGAACUAUUUGUAUACAACAUCGUCGAUGAUGACAGACAAGUCGAAGAAGCUCUUUGGGUCGCAAACAAGCUGCACGAUGAAAUGGAUACUUUUCAGAAACGAAAAAUAUUUGUCUUAAUAUCUACUGUUUUGACAUGGGUGGCAACAAAACCACUGCCAAACGAUGAUCCAGAGGCACCAUUUACCGAUGAGGAUUACCGCCGGAGGCUGGCCCAUCCAAAUUACUUAGCACAUUUGGCUGCUGAAAAAGAGAUCAAAAGGCUUGGAACUACGCAAGUAGCCUUUGACCAUCUGACUGUGAAUCUAGCGCUGGAGUCGGUGUUCGCCCAUGAAAGCUUUCACUUUAAGUGGGUCUGUGAUGGCGGUUUCGUUGAGAGCAUCAAAACAAUGGUGAAAGAAUUCAAACUAGCUCGGGGCUUAAUCGUAAGUCGCGGUCAGAAAUGCGUUUUUCUUACCUUUUUUAUUGAGCAUAGACUCCCUUUGACAUUUUAG